AUGUUGGCGUACAAUUUCCGACUGUUCGAUAUAAAGCCCAUAAAGCAAGAGAGCAGCGAUACAGUUAAUGUAAAAUCUAUAAUUGAAAAUGAAGCGCAAGUAGAUAAUGCAACUAUCUCCAGCAACAAACAACAAUCUUCUAAAGAGAAAGACGUGAUCACUACGGAAACCGAACAAGAAGCUAAUAUACUAUCUGAAGUGCCACCAUCAUCAUCAUCAACAUCGGCAACAAGUGAUACAGACAUUGAGAUAAUAGACCUAGAUUCGGACAGUGAACAGACUCCUCGGAAACAAUGCCCAGCCACCACCAGCACAAUCAUUGAGAGACCAUCAAUGCCAGCAAAAGACAUCAUCAAUAAAUGGUUACCGAAAAUUAAGUGUGGAUCAUGCGAUUCCAUAUUUCAAAAUGUGACACUGCUAGAACAGCACUUUGACCUUCAACAUCCUGGACAACCUAUGUAUAUUGUAUGUUGUUCACGCUUAAUAGCACUACGCGUAGCCAAGGAACAUGCUCUUCUGCACAAGAAUCCCAAUGCAUUCAAAUGUCAUCUGUGCACCAGACGAUAUGGUUCGAGAACUAGCCUCAGGACUCACAUAUCCAAAGUACACCCGGCUCAUGUAGAAUACUAUUGUAAAAUAUGCGGUUGCAUGAAUCCAUCAUACAAGGAUCAAGUAAUCCAUUAUGCCAAGAGGCAUUGUGUUGAAGGGCAGCCAAUCAAACCGGUGAAAGAUUCGGAGGGUCGCCUUAAAUAUCCCUGUCAUAUCUGUGAACAUAUGUCGGGAAACAUUUUGCCAUAUUUUCAUCAUUAUUGGUUUGAACACCGGAAUCUUAAAAGUGUACAUCAAUGUACGGCAUGUAAACAAAUUAUCAACAACCGAUCAAAACACGAGUGUCGAGUUGCGACAAAACGACAAACAAUGAAAUUAACUACGAAGGUAUCGAAGGAUUUCGAUUGUCUUUAUUGUGCAGAAGCCUUCGAAACGGAACGUGAAGUAGUUGAACAUUUGGCCUCACAGCAUCGCCAUAUCGAAUUGUACACCUGUCCGUGUUGCCAGCAAAAAUUUAAUGCUGUCAAAGAAAUUGUCGGACAUCGUAAAAAACAUCACCCCACUGAGGAUAAGAAGAAAUACUACGCGAAUAUGGAUAACGAAUUUGAAAAGUUAUUAAAUGAAUAUGUCGCUAAACGUGAUAAUACCUAUAAAGAAUAUGUUGGCGAUUUGAUUCGCGUUAGAGAUCGAUCAAGGUGGCGAGAAUCAACACCACAACGAUCCAGUGUUGACAAAUCGAAUACUAAAUCUAAAGGAAGUGUUGCUAGUGCUCCCAGUGAAAUAAUGGAUUUAAGUGAUAGUUAA